GCGCGCAGCAGAGGCCUGGCUCCGGCUCCCGCCGCAGGACGGCCCUGUCGUGUGGCCCGCCCGCCGCAGUCAUGAUCCACAGCCUGUUCCUGAUCAACGCCUCGGGGGACAUCUUCCUGGAGAAGCACUGGAAGAGUGUCGUCAGCCGCUCCGUCUGUGACUACUUCUUCGAGGCACAGGAGAGGGCCUCGGAGGCGGAAAAGGUGAUCUCCACGCCGCACCACUACCUCCUCAGCGUCUACCGCCACAAGAUUUUCUUCGUGGCCGUUAUCCAGAGUGAGGUGCCGCCUCUCUUCGUCAUCGAGUUUCUGCACCGCGUCGUCGAUACCUUCCAGGAUUAUUUUGGUGUCUGUUCAGAGGUGAUGAUCAAGGACAAUGUUGUGGUGGUUUAUGAGGUGCUGGAGGAGAUGCUGGACAAUGGCUUUCCAUUGGCAACAGAGUCUAAUAUUCUUAAGGAACUGAUAAAACCUCCCACUAUCCUGCGAACAGUUGUCAACACCAUCACAGGAAGUACUAAUGUGGGUGACCAGCUUCCUAGUGGACAGCUAUCAGUGGUGCCUUGGAGACGUACUGGUGUAAAAUAUACCAACAAUGAGGCGUAUUUUGAUGUGAUUGAGGAGAUAGAUGCAAUCAUUGACAAAUCAGGUUCUACAAUUACUGCUGAAAUCCAAGGGGUGAUUGAUGCUUGUGUCAAGCUGACUGGGAUGCCAGACCUUACUCUCUCUUUUAUGAACCCUCGGUUAUUGGAUGAUGUCAGCUUUCAUCCAUGUGUGCGUUUUAAGCGCUGGGAGUCAGAGAGAAUACUCUCCUUCAUUCCACCUGAUGGAAAUUUUCGCUUGCUCUCCUAUCAUGUCAGUGCUCAGAAUCUUGUGGCAAUUCCUGUCUACGUUAAACACAACAUCAGUUUCCGUGAUAGCAGCUCAUUGGGACGUUUUGAGAUCACAGUGGGGCCGAAGCAGACUAUGGGGAAGACUGUAGAGGGAGUGAUGGUCACUAGCCAGAUGCCAAAAGGUGUCUUAAAUAUGACCCUCACACCCUCUCAGGGAACACAUAUCUUCGAUCCAGUUACAAAGUUGCUGUCAUGGGAUGUGGGGAAAAUAAACCCCCAGAAACUGCCAAGCCUGAAGGGGAGCGUGACCCUGCAAGCUGGCACAUCAAAACCAGAUGAAAACCCCACCAUUAAUCUGCAGUUUAAAAUUCAGCAGCUGGCUAUAUCUGGACUGAAGGUGAAUCGCUUGGACAUGUAUGGGGAGAAGUACAAGCCCUUCAAGGGGAUAAAAUACAUGACUAAGGCUGGCAAGUUCCAAGUCCGAACCUAGAGGAUCCCGAUAGUGAGGAAGAGCACUUUCCUGUUUCUCCUGUCCCUGCUGUUGGAUGCAGCCUCUUACCCCAUCUAUCUGUUUAGGGUUGCUCCCUUGCCUGUAGUAGCAUGAGCAGGAGAGCCAGUGCUUAGGGUGCUGGGGAGCAGGGAAAAGUAAGGUUGACCUGAAACCGUCUCAUCCCUAGCUGAGUCUGAAGUAUUUGGAACAGUGGCAGAUGGGAGAGGUGUUCAGGUCCCUUGGGAUUAGUGAGUCAGCUAUGUAAGCUUGUAUCAUCUUCAUUUUGCUGUCUUAAAGGAAAUUCUAGGGAUUUAUUGCCUUUUGUACUCGCCUUCCUUAUAUUUUGGUUGGCUUUUAUCCCUUUGUAGAUGAUACAAAGUUGAAUUUCCACAA